AUGGAUCAGGAAACAGCACAAGCUUUAUUUAAUAAAGGUGCUUUUUUGUUAUUUUUGAAUGCACCUGAAGGGUUGGAGUUUGGAAUAGAUUAUAAUUCAUGGCAAACAGGUCCACGAUUUAAAGGCGUAAAACUCAUUCCCCCGGGAUUACAUUUUGUUUAUUAUAGUACUUCAGAUAAAUCUGGUACAUCUGGUCUUAGAAGUGGUUUCUUUAAAUUUUAUGAGUCAAAGGAGGUAGUGAUCAAAUAUUGGGAUCCUCAGAUAGAAGAUGUAAAGAAAGAUGAUGAAACCGAUUCAGAACAAAUUGAGCAUUUAAAAUUAGACAUGCGCGAAUUUGAUCCAUUUCUUGGCACAUAUCCACUAACGCCGUCAACAGAUUGGAAAAAAUGGGUUAAUUUAACAAAUUAUAUAACAUAUCCGUUGAUUUCUCGUAUAUUACCUAACGAAGGAAAGAUGAAUAACGUUUCAUCGUCGACCGUAGAUGAAGAUGAGUUACUAAACAUUAAAGGAUCAUCGAAGUUUCAGGAGGAUAUUAUUCUUUUUACAAAAUUUGACCUAAAAAAAAGUUGGAGAACUGGUGCUGUGGGGGAAGAGAUAACGAAAUAUAGUCAGGAUAAAAGUUGGCUGUUGUGCGAGCUUCUUACUUCUAUUUAUAAAAAUGGAAAGUUUUAUGUUUGUCAAGCGAUUUUAGGUGAACUUCAACUGUCUUUUGUGUGUUUACUGAUAGGACAAAAUUUUGCAGGAUUUACUCAAUGGAAGAAUUUAGUGCAGUUGGUUUGUUUGUGUAAAGAAUCAAUUAAUACCUAUUCUACGACGCUUUUUUCUGAAUUUCUCGAUGUACUAAAUCUUCAACUUGAAGAAUGUCCGCCUGACUUUUUUCGAGAUGUUAUUUCUGAAGAUAAUUUUCUUUCGCAUGUUUUAAAGAUUCUAGGCAAGACCAUUUCAGAUUUGCCAACACAAUCUUCAUCUACUGAACUAAAAUUAUUACGACGUCGAUUUAACAAGUUCCGAGGAUUUCUCGGUCAGCAAUUUCGAUUAGAACUGUCAAUUGAUGAUGACGAAGAGGAAGGAGAGUAUGCUCCUGUCGUUGUAGAAUUACCGGAUGAUAAUAUAAUAAGCAAUCAAUGA